AUGGAGGUGUUCGAAGGCGUGGAUUUCGUGCGGCUGCGGAGCCUGGAGCACGGCACGUACCUCCACGCCGCCGAGGACGGCCGAAGCGUCCACCUGGACGCGCUCGGCGCGUCGCACCACGCGGCGUGGGCCGUGCAGAGGAACCGCGGCACGAGCCACGUCCUCCUCCGCGGCGUCUACGGCCGGUACCUCGGCGCCCCCGACCCUAGCGGGCCGCUCCACCCCUGCCGCCGCCGCGCGGCCACGCAGCGCGACCGGGACGAGCGGGAGGUCAAGGCCAUCAUGUGGCGUGCCGUCGCAACGGGCUCCGGCGCCGGCGUCGUCCUGCUGCACGACGCCCACGGGCGCUUCCUCCGCGCCAACUGGAGGCGCCUCCCCUGCCGCUCCGGUGUCGCCGUCGGCGACGACAGUUGCCUCGGCCCGACGACGAAGUGGGCGGUCGAGGUCAUCCCCCCGAAGCACGGUCAGCCUGAGUUACCGCUCGCCCGCGACUCGGAGUGGGUCAAGUUCUUCGACGGAGCGUGCCCGCCGCUGGCUCGCCUUCGCCGGUGGGUGUGGGCAGCUUCCCAGCAGCGGGAGAUCCAGUGGGUGCUGGCGGACGGCGUCGGCAACUUCAGGGAGGAGGACUGGGCCUCCUCCCAGUACUCCGGGAGGUCCGCGAUCCUGCUGCGAAGCAAGCUGGCGCACCUCACGCUGCAGUUCUGCCGCCUCACGCUGUUCAUCCGCGCCGGCCGCCACGGGCAGCUGACCCCUCUCGUCACGGACCUGCCGCGCAGCAGGGAGCGCCUCGACAUUGUGGUCAUCAGGGCCGACGCCAUAGCGGCUGAUCAGUUGAUAUUCCCAGAUGUGGAUACGGAGACGGAAGGGCCAGUAAAGGAAGGUGUAUGCUUAUGACCUCCUCGCGGACUCGUCACUUUCAAAAGCAUCACAAUUCUUCCCAGAUUUGAUGGCAUGAGGAUAGGAUGAUUCGUUUUCGUUUUGUUCAGAUAGGUUCAGAGAACUAAACUUCACUCCUAGUUUUCUAGUGUCAGGGAGAAGCAGUUUUGGUUUGGUCUUUCGGUUUCCGAAACUUGAGCAGUUCAUCAGACUGUCUGAGCAGUUCUGGUUUCCCAGAUUUCUAGCGGUAGAAUCUAGAAUGUUUGCAGUUCUAGUCUUCAUCUAUGAGAUUGUGCAAAUGUGGGUUCCGCAGUAGAUUGGUGCUGGUGAACCAUGUCUACUCUACAGGAAUU